GAUACUAUUAUUUCUCUCUUUGCCGGAAUAAACCAACCAAGGCUUUCUUAUCAGUAGCAGAGCGAUUCAUAUCAGAGAGACGGACACGUGUUGCCCUCCAUAUCUGAUUCUUUUUUUCCCGCCAAAACCUCGAGAUAUUCAUGACGGAUAAUACAUCCAACACAUCAUCAAUCCGCUCUAUCCUGGAGCAAGAGAAGCUUAGUGGAGAGAAUUUUCUAGAUUGGUACAAAAACCUGAGGACAGUCCUUGAGCAUGAAGGAAAGUUUUAUGUUUUUGAAACAAUUCUUCCUCAACCACCUACGGUAGAUUCUACCAUGGCUGAAAAGGCUGCCUAUAAGAAGCAUGAAAAUGAUGUCUUAGACGUUUCUUGGCUGAUAUUUGCCAGCAUGACUCCAGAGAUUCAGCUUCUCCAUGAGGAUAAGAACGCAUUUGAUAUGAUUGAGACUAUGAAGCACCGUUACCAACGAGAAAUUAGGCAAGAGAGGUUUGAACUCUCUAAGACCUUAUUUCGUUGUAAAUUUUCGCCACAAAAAGAAACUGUUGAAGUUCAUGUUCAAGAAAUGAUAGGCUACCUUGAAAGACUUGAGAACUUGGGAUAUCCUUUGGGCCAAGAGUUGGCGACUGAUUUAAUUCUUCAAUCGUUGCCUGCUAGUCUAUGUCAAUAUAUCAUGGACACUAAAUUGAAUGAAAUUGACAAAUCCCUGCCAAAUCUACUUCAAAUAAUAAAGGAUUCUGAGAAAGAAAUCGGUAAAAUUAGUCCCGACAUAUCUUCGAUCACACAAGGUUUGAAACCAACAGGUAGCGUGGCCGAAGAAGGAAAUUGUUUUCAUUGUGGCGAAAAGUUUCACUGGACAGGAGGAAAUUGCAAUGUCUACUCUGAAGAAUUACAGGAUAAUAAUGAAGGGGUCAUUUGUAUUUCAGGGACUAGAGAAUUACAAUGUGCAGCAAAGGAAUGCGAGUUGCAUAAGCGUAAGGCAGAGGUAGAAGCUGAGUUUACACCGGCACCGAAGUGUUUCCACAAGUUGGAGAACAACAUUGCUGGCAAGAGUCCCACUAAAGGUCCAUUGCCUAAGAAAGGCCAAUCCUCAAAGGCGAUUCAUGUGGCUGGCAGUAACCAGACCAAGCCUAAUUUUAGAUUUAAAUUAUGCGACAGUUGUGGGAGACAUCAUCCUGGAGAGUGCUGGGUACAUAGUGGAGCUUGUUUAGGAUGUGGACAGAUUGGCCACUUUCGCAGAAACUGCCCGACCAACCCAGGUGAGCCCUUUUCUAAAGCACGAACCCAAGGAAAGUAGCAAAGCCGGAAUGGUUGGUACAUUUUCACUCUUCAACAUUGAUGUGCUUUAACGUUAUGUUUGGUUCAAGGAUUUUGAUAGAAAAAAGAAAAGAAAAUGUAUUUC